AUUUUUGAGUAUCUAAGGGGUGUCAUAGAAGCACACCUUUAGCCUGAGAGGAUGAGCGAACUUGACCAACUACGCCAGGAGGCGGAACAACUGAGAAACCAAAUCAGAGAUGCUAGAAAAGCGUGCGCUGAUGCUACAUUGGCCCAGAUCACCGCCAACAUUGAUCCAGUUGGUCGUAUCCAGAUGCGCACUAGAAGAACACUGAGAGGACACUUGGCUAAAAUUUAUGCAAUGCAUUGGGGGACUGAUUCCAGGCUUCUUGUCAGCGCAUCACAGGAUGGCAAGCUUAUCAUUUGGGACAGUUACACCACAAAUAAGGUCCAUGCCAUCCCCUUGCGCUCUUCCUGGGUAAUGACCUGUGCUUAUGCCCCAUCUGGAAACUAUGUGGCUUGUGGUGGUCUGGAUAACAUAUGUUCCAUUUACAACCUGAAAACACGUGAAGGCAAUGUGCGCGUAAGCCGUGAACUGGCUGGCCAUACAGGCUACUUGUCAUGUUGUCGUUUUGUGGACGAUAAUCAAAUUGUUACCAGCUCUGGAGAUACUACUUGUGCCCUUUGGGACAUAGAAACAGGCCAACAAACAACCACAUUUACUGGUCAUACCGGAGAUGUCAUGAGCCUGUCCCUUGCUCCGGAUUCCAAGUGUUUUGUUUCUGGUGCCUGUGAUGCCUCUGCAAAGCUGUGGGAUGUCCGAGAAGGAAUGUGCCGGCAAACCUUCACUGGCCACGAGUCAGACAUCAAUGCCAUCUGUUUCUUCCCAAAUGGCAAUGCGUUUGCCACUGGCUCUGAUGAUGCCACAUGCCGGCUGUUUGACCUUCGUGCUGACCAGGAGCUUAUGGUUUAUUCCCAUGACAACAUAAUCUGUGGCAUCACCUCUGUAGCUUUCUCCAAGAGCGGACGCCUUCUCCUAGCUGGCUAUGAUGACUUUAACUGUAAUGUAUGGGACACACUCAAAGCUGACAGAGCAGGUGUCCUAGCUGGCCAUGAUAAUCGUGUCAGUUGCUUAGGUGUAACUGAUGAUGGCAUGGCAGUGGCGACAGGAUCAUGGGAUAGCUUCCUCAAGAUCUGGAAUUAAAGUCUGUAGAAUAGCAGUGGACUCUCCGCCGACUGGAAGACUUUUCCAACAGUUGAAAGUUUAAAAUUAUGUAUCGAAUCCAACUAUUACUACUAACUCGGACACCCCCUGCCUCUCCCCGGUUCCUGCCCCGCCACCAAAGGGUGAGAUCUUUCACGUCUCCCGUUGCCGAAACGAAGAGCACAAUUCUCUCUAAAGCGAAGAAAUCUGUGUGAAUUAUUAUAUACAAAAAAAUAGCAAAAGAAGUCAAAAUUGUGCAUUCCUUUUUGGGACCACUUUUUCGUCUAGGAAACUAAAGAAAAACACACACUUGUGUAAGCAUGUCCAAACAAAAGAGAAAAAAACAACAUUGUGAAGCAGACAACUUCUAACUUUCACUGUAGUUUUAAAAUCGCAGACCGUUGACCUGGUUUUACCGAAUCUCUGAGUUGGGGGUGGGAGGGCCUUUGUUUUAAAUCUCACUUUCAAACUUCGAAGUCGUGUUUGUAGCAGGGUUGAUAUCUACUUUUCUCGUCCAUAUUUCCAUUUCCUUUCCUUUUUUUAAUACAGUUUGCUUUGACGGUCCGUUGUUGAGCCAAGACUAAGGGAGUCUCAGCCCAGUCGCGCCUGGGAUUGUUAAUGCUGUAAAUUUAGUCCCUUUUUUUUAAAACCGUUUCCGUCGAGUGUCACAAAUCGUUGCACAAAAUAUUGCAUAUAUAGGAUAACGUUAAGAAGUAAGAUAACCAAGCACACGCUGUACAUGGUAUAAUGUUUGUUUUAAGAGAAAAAAAAUCACCU